AUGGGUACUGAUCAGUUGUUGAAAAGAAGUUCUAUUGAGAAGCAUCAGAAGAGAAUUUCUGUAACGUACCCUUUUUAUUAUGUGCUUCAAGUCGUUUCUAACAACACAGAAAAACAUGGAGUUGCGAUAUCGUGUAUGGUUUUCACCGUCAUUCCCUCCGUUUUGCCUUCGCGUUAUGAGUCGAUUGCUGAAUCCAAUCAGCCCAUUCAAUUGCCUCGAAGGAUUGCGUACGAGUUGCUCGAUGGAAUUGGGCACCACAUCGCAGGUGUUAGAAGUUGUUAUGAUGAAGGCAAGCGUACUGCUGAGACCUUGACCAUGGAUUACCACAGAGGACUUAACCUCGAGGUGAGAAUUGCUAGAAUUUCCAACACUUAUGGCCCACGCAUGUGCAUCGAUGAUGGACGUGUUGUCAGCAAUUUUGUUGCCCAGGCCUUAAGGAAAGAACCUUUGACUGUUUAUGGGGAUGGAAAGCAAACUAGGAGCUUCCAAUAUGUUUCUGAUUUGGUGGAAGGUUUGAUGCGAUUGAUGGAAGGAGAUCAUGUCGGUCCUUUUAAUCUCGGGAACCCUGGUGAAUUUACCAUGCUUGAACUUGCUCAGGUUGUGCAAGAGACAAUCGAUAAAAAUGCUAAGAUCAAGUUUAGGCCAAACACGGAGGAUGAUCCCCACAAAAGGAAGCCCGCCAUUUCAAAAGCCAAAACACUUCUUGGAUGGCAGCCGACUGUUUCUUUAAGGGAAGGACUUCCUCUCAUUUAA